GAGUGGAUGGUGGUACAGCAUGCGGAGUGAGUCGCUGAAUUUCUGCCGCCGGAUUUCUCUUAAAAUCUAAAGAAUGAGCGAGUCGGACGUGGAGUCGUUGGUGCGCGGUGGUUAUCGCUGCUUAUUGUGCGAUGUUCGGGUCCCCAACAGCCCCAGUUUAAAUGAUCACCUUAAAGGAAAGAAACAUCAAAAACUGCUGAGUGUGAGAAGUUGCAGGAAAUCCCAGCAAGAGAAGAGUUUGUUUGUAAGCGGUUUCCGUAAAGGCACGUCUAACCUGGAAAUCACUGAUUACUUUCAGAAUUUUGGCACAGUGGCAAAUGUGAUAAUGGACAAAGACAAAGGUCUGUAUGCCAUUAUAGAAAUGGCUGAUACAAAGGAAGUGGAAAAAGUGCUGUCUGUUACACAGCAUUGUAUGAAUGGUCAAAAGUUACGAGUGAAGCACAAAGAGAAUAAGGAGUUCAAAUAUAUUCCAAAACAGAAGCAGAAUCCUGGGAAAAAAUUGAUUGAUUUUGAAGAGCUGACACAGGCUCUCUGUCAGGCUGUUGAUGUAGAUGAACAAAUGAAGCAGUUGCUGCAGUUGUUUGAGCUAUCAGAGAGUGAAACAAUGCUUAGGAAGUUGAUUGUGUCACUUUUACAGGAGGUCUUCUUAGAAUUUUUCCCAAGUUGUAGAAUCUUGCCCUUUGGGUCGUCAGUGAAUGCCUUUGGUAUCCAUGGCUGUGACGUGGAUUUGUUUCUGGAUCUUGAAAACACCAAGGCUUUCCAGGCAAAUGCUAGAAGCAAAGUUGAAACUGAAGAGGUUAAUGGAAUUAAACAGGAUACUCCGUCUGAAACUCAAUCUGAGGACUCUAUCUUGUCUGACAUAGACCUGGGAACGUCAACAACAGCUGAGGUGCUUCAACUUGUAGCAACUGUUUUGCAGAAAUGUGUUCCAGGUGUACACAAAGUUCAGGCUGUCACGACUGCCAGGCUACCUGUGGUGAAAUUUAUCCAUAAGGAAUCGGGCUUGCAAGGAGACAUUUCUAUUAAUAAUAGGUUGGCUGUACGUAACACACAGUUUCUUCAAUUGUGUGCUUCACUGGAUCAAAGAGUGAGACCUCUUGUUUAUGCUGUUCGCUACUGGGCAAAACAAAAGCAACUAGCUGGAAAUCCUUUUGGAGGGGGGCCAUUAAUGAAUAAUUAUGCAGUGACUCUGUUGGUUGUGUUCUUCCUUCAGAAUAGGAUACCGCCAGUCCUCCCAACAGUGAACCAUUUAAAAGAGCUUGCAGAUGAGGAUGACCAGUGUAUAAUUGACGGCUGGAACUGUACUUUUCCAAGUAAUCAUUCUAAAAUUGAACUCAGUCCAAAUUCUGAAGGAUUAUGUGAGCUACUGGCAGAGUUCUACAAGUUUUAUUCACAGUUUGACUUUGCUGGAACUGUAAUUUCGCUGAGUGAAGGUAAAGUUCAUCUAGUGACUGAUUUCAUUGGUUCUGAAUCAGAAACAAAUCUCCGACUUGGGCCAAUUAAUAUCCAGGAUCCGUUCGAGUUGAGUCAUAACGUUUCUGGAAACAUUAAUGAAAGGACAGGACAGAAGUUUAAGCGACAAUUAGAUGAAGCCUACAAGUACUGUCGUAGCCUGCAGUAUCAAAGAAAAUCGAACAAAGGGAAGAUCUGGGGCAUAGUCAGAUUGUUUCAACCUCUAAAUAGUACUGACUGUUCCCCAGCACAUUCUCCAGAAUUGGAUUAUAGUUCAGUCAAUGAGUCGAACCAUGUGUUUAUUAUUCCGUUCAAAUUAUCUUGCCUUUCAGAGCAAACAAAGGAAAAGUUGCAUGGAUCUUCAGAUUUCAGGGAAAUUUGGUUUAAUGAGGUGUGUCAUGCUGUCCUGUAUGUGAUGGAGACUGUUCUUAAAUGUAGUUGUACAUGUAUUGAGGGGAGUAAUGUGCAAACUGAUAAUAUAAAGACCAGUAGCUUUGGUGAAAAUAGGAUUGACAAUGAAGACAACACUGGAUUGAAGAGAAAACAUCCUGUAGAAGAAAUAUCCGAAACAUCAAGCACAAAGAAAGCAAGAAUUGAAACUGUACAAUACCGGAGAGAAGUGACCUGGCACUGUGCAGUUUGGAGUAGAGUAUGGGUUGGACGGAGAAAAAUGAGACGUCAGCUCCAUUUUAGAAUAAGUAAACCUGAUACAAAUACAGAUGUGGUGAUCAAUUCCUUAGAAAUUGAAGAAAAGGUUACUGACGGUAUAUUGCAGCAAGAAGAGUGUGGGGAUAAAUCCAGCCCAUUAAUAAUGUUUAUGCUUUGUGCCUUGCUGGUUGGAGGCAAUGAAGACACAAGAGCAAUGAUCAGAGUCACCCCCAUUCAACACACUACUUUAUUUACAGAAUUCUUUCAUUUUCUAGAAUCGUUUAUUCCCAAGAUGGCUGAAAAAUGCUUUGAAAAGUCUGACUAAAAUGUGAUUGCUACAAUGACUUGACUUCAGUUUAAAGAUUUUUUUUCAUUAAUAGUAAAUUGAGUUCUGUAAUAUUACUGACAGAUUUUAUUUUGAAAUGGACAAUGAAAUUGUAUACUUCUUUGAAAAACUUUGAUUACAUCUGAGUAGAAAUGUAUUUGUAAUAUAAAUGGUACAACUACUAAGUCUAGGUUCAAAAUAAAGAUCUUCAUUGGAUAGAAAUAUGUUGGAUGUGCUAGUGAUGAUGAAGCUUAUUAUUACACCAACUUCCUGCAGCAAAAAAAAUGACAUGUGCCUUCUGUAUGCAUAGUGAGCAGUUGUUAACUGGAUGUAUCUGGUGUGAAAUCCAGUAGACAUGUAUCCUCUAAUUGAGAGAACACCGAAGUUCAAAAGAUUUAUGUUUGUUUCCUUGUUUUGCAAAUGCAGUGAGUUUGAUCUUAACAGACUAAAUUACUAAGUGUAAAUGAACCGUUUAAUAUAAUACAUGAACUGUAGUAUUAUAUAGCAACAUGUACCUGUAGUGUAAUACUCAGGGAGUCAUUGACUGAAUUUUGUCCUGUGGGCACUGUACGUUGUAUAGUCUAUUCACGACUAGCUUUUUAUUUGCAUUCUGUUGAAGAUUUUCUCCUUUUGAAUUGAUCUGCCUGAUUUUAUACUUGUACUGAUGUGUCGAAGGCUUUUUAAUUGUGUUUUUUAAUCAAUAAAAUAUUUUUAGGCACA